AUGAUGAAUGAGCACAAAACGUUGUUGCAUAAUGUAGACAAACUGUUGAACAUGUUGGUUCAUCUAUUUAUUAUCCGGCCUUACAAAUCUGACAAAACGCAUAUAAAAUACAUAUUGCCUUGCUUGCUUCCAGACAGGACAGAGUAUGAUUUGAAAAGAAUGAAUGAAUCGGUUAAAACAAAACGUUUCCAGAUAGUAUUUCCUGACAACCAUAUGCCCCCAACUUUCUACUAUGUUCUUGUCGGCGGACUCUUAAAGGAAUGGAAACUGAUUGAAAAAAAUCCCGACAUGCCCGAGAUCUACAACCUGUAUGCCUGCUUUCGACUUGACUCGGAGACACAACAACUGGAAAUCUUCUGGAAAGAAUCACAAGUGUAUAUCAACUUAAAAAACUACUCGAGAGAUAAAGAAUGGGAAAGAAACAAGAUAGUUGAGAUUCUAGAAAUUGUCAAGAAAAGGAUACAAAAAGUGUUUCUAGUUUACAGACAUACAAAUGAAGAUUACGAGAUCAGGGUGCAGUGUCCAGAACACAAAACGUCUUUUGUUUCGCUUGCAGCCAUUAUGAGAGAUGGAGAGGCCAUGUGUAAUGACGACACAUUAAAACACGGUCUGACCUACGAAGAUGUCUUCCAUAGUAAACUGCUGGAGACGAACCCUUUGUUAAAAGAAAAACCAACGGACAAACAUCUCGGUCGGCUCGCAAUCUACUUAGUUAGAGAAGAAGCUAUCAGUCUCGCUGCUCGUCUAAGACUGCAUCUUAGUCUUAUUGAAGUUGACCGAGCUGCUCAAAAGACUUCUGACACAAAUAUGAGAAGGUUGUACAUUUUGUAUAAAUGGAGGAGCAGCAAUGGCUUUGCUACACUAGGUGAUUUGAUAGAGUUGUUGACGGUGACCAAAGACUAUCAUACUGAUGAACUGCUCAAACAGCUUGAGACAUCGCCAGAAAGACAAAAAUAUGCUAUACCCAGUAAGAGGCUAGAUUGUAUCCCGGAGAACAACGUUGAUAUAAAGAUUGCUUCCAAGUAUAUUGGCGCUCUCUUCCAGUUCUUGAUGCUGGAACUUGGACUACAUGUCGUAGAAAUAGAAGCAGAUAUUGCCAACAACCGAGGCGACAUGUACAAUACUAUCUUUUGCUUGCUAGAUAAAUGGCGGAAAAAACAUGCAGAAAACUCUACGACGAGAACACUACUAGACACGGCAAGUUUUGUUGGAAUAGACACAAUUGAAAUGCAGAAAGAGAUCAUUAAGAAAUCACAGCAAUUAAGAUAUUAGACUGGAUAUAUAUAAAGGCUAGAAACAAUGAAGAUAUUUGAAAGACAUUUUUUUUCUGUCUGUCUCAUUUAUAUACCCGUUUCAGUAGUUUAGAACUGCGUUGUUUGUUUGUUGUUUUUUCAAAUGAUAGGGAAAUGUGUGUCCACUACUUUACAGUUCUUUACUAAUUACAUUAGGUUUGUUUAAAAUAUGUUGAUGCCGAAACUGUUGAAAAGUAUUUUAACACACCCAUUAUGUUUUGCAUGUAAAUGCAAAGGAAUUAUAUGGGUAGUUUUUGCCUUUUCACCAUAAAGGUUAGAUAGAAAGUACUGAAAAGGGUUUUGGAUUAAAUGGUACUUGAAAUGGGUUUUUGUAUGGAAGGUAGGAUAUUGAAAAGGCAUUUUUGUGCGGGAAAAGAGGAGAAAUGGAUUAUAAAAAGAUAUUAGGAUAUUCGUGCAUUUUCAUGCGCACUUGUGGCAUUCAAAUGUGAGUGCUAUGACUCACACGAUAAUAAUAAAAACAUGCUACAGGGAAAUAAUUUAGAUCAGUACAUAUACUUCGAAACAAACAACAUGCAAAUGAUGUUAUGAGACAGCUGGAAUCAGCGUGUGUAGUCUUGGCGUAGACAUUAAACUAAACAAGAACCUGAUUGUAGCAUGAACUUAAUUACCAGUGCUUGAGACAUUUGUAUGUGUUUUAAUUGAGCAUUUCUUUGAUUUUAUAUUGUAGAUGAAUCAAAAUGAGUUUUCUUACAUGGAUAUGUAUAGUCUCGGAGAUCCUUUUUUGAUGGAGAGAUCUUCAGCAUUUUAUUGAACACUGUAAAAUUCAACUUUCUUAAAGACAGGCACGAGAUGUUUGAAAUUCGUUUGAAAUUCGUACAUUCCGCCUUUCUCAUUAUCACAAUUUCAAUAGAUAUAUGUUCUUUGAUUUAAAAUAUUUAAAAAAUAGGUGAAACAUUUGAGAGCACAAUGCUUGGGCAGCUUCAUACUAACCAUCCACAUAAGAGUAAUACAAGGUGAUAAUAAGAGCUUGGGCACAAUAUUUCCUUCACAUGGUAACAGAUAUUUGUCAUAAAAUUUGGUUAAAGUGCAAUAAAAGUAGUAUUCAUGUAAUACAGGAGACGUUUCGAAAACGACCUACUACGGCAACACCGAUUGUUAUUAAGUCUACCGCCUGUAUGAUCUCAACAGUCGGUAUAUUGACAUAAAGACAGUAUGAUGUAACUCUCGUAACGUUUAAUCAUGUUUUAAAAAUUCAAAAGCAGUACAAUAAAAGCAAUGCUCAUUAGCUCAAAUAUACGCACAUUAUCAAGGGGCAAGUUUCUGAUGGCUGUAUAAGAAAAUGAGAAAAUUGUGUUAUCUCUGAAAAGGCUAUGUCCCACUAGAGAGGAACGGCAUAAGCGGUUGUGUUGUAUUAGAUAAGGUGACAGUAAUCGUGAGGAACGUAUGAUUGUUAAGCGUGAUUCUUUUGAUACACGAGUUAUUGCUUGAACUGGAGUAUCGUUUUAAGACAGUACUGAGAUUCGAAUUGUCAACUGUUUUACAAGUGAACUAAUGCGGGCUCUAAACUCUACAUAGAAUGUUUUAACAAAAUUAAAAAUUUUAUGAGUCAUCGACAAAAAUGUAUCCAAUCUGUUUCCAGAAGAUUUCGUACCAUAUUUAAUAUUUCGCUGAUACACCGCUUCUAGCCAUAUAGCCCAUCAUACAUUGAACAAUUUUAAAACUAAGUAAACUAAUUUCAUACCUGCAUUGAACUCUGUUCGAACGAUUGCAGAAGCGCACUGUAAGAGCGGUUUAAUGACAAAAAAAAAACAGAAAUAAAAACUUUAAAAAUAAACUAUUAAUACAAUUUUGCCGUCUUGAUCUAAGCAAAUGCAAAAUGAUUUGAUGCUGUACCGGAUUUCAAAUUUACUUUUUUGCACUGAAGUACUGAUCAUUUAACAUACGCCUAUAUGUCUGUUUGUGAUAUAAGUUAAACACCCUUGUAUGAAGAAAUUCUUGAUCGUUGAGAACGUAUUAAUCAGGAGUCAAAGCUAGAAAGGGAUUUGUAAGAGCAUAGAUAUUGUAAUUCAUAUUCUGAUUAUUUCAAACAAAGGGAGGCAAUUUUCUAUCUUUGUAGAGUAUUAAGGUAUGCAUACACAAGAUAUAUAAAUUAAUAACUUUGGUUUAUUGAUAUAUUAUAUUGGAUCUACUGAAUACCUUCGAUUUACUUUAUACAUAUUGUAAUCAUUGGAUACUUUACACUUUGUAAAUAAAAAUGUUUUGCUGGAAAAAAGACUGUCCGUUAUCAUAGACAUGGUCAUAAUUAUAUGACAGAAAUCCUAUUGAAGCUGUAGAUAAUUUGAACUCUGGCAAAUUUACCAACUGCACUGGCAAAUUUGGCAUUCAACGUAGAGCAUUUGAUCGGAAAAUAAAGGCGCAUUAGUUGUUGAUGUACAACUGUAGAAAUUUUGAUCUAGGGCCAAAGCUAUUAUGUCAGUUUUUUACUCAUUUGUAUGCUCAAUUUAGUACACUCCAAAGAAGUAUAGGGCUGAACAAAAUUCAAAAGAAAAUACAUUUUUACGUUUAAAAAUUCUGUAACAGAAAUUAACACAUGAAUGCUAUGCAAGUAUAUUCUGCGUUGUUACGUAAACUGGAUGGUCGCUUGAUCUGCAGCUCCUCGUCGGCCUUUUUUCCGGUCCCAUGCAACAUGCUUUCUAGUCGUCGGUGUUGGUUUGGAUAAAAUAAUUAUAUAGUUAAAAACUGGACGAAACAGUGCGUCAUCAAUUUGGAGAAGUCCACUGCAUGUGCACGAUGGGAACUGGUGUCCCAGGAGGAAAGGAUCGAGCUCUAUCAUCCAUGUAAGACGUUAUACAAGUCUCCUUGCACGGAUACUGAAGUUUGUUAUUUUAAUUAUCGUGGUAAGCUUUCUUCUUCGCAUGUUAGUGUCAAUCCCAGGCAAAACAUACUAGAGUAAGGAUCAGUAUAAAUAGGCAGAGUUGCGAAUAGUUAUAGCCAGCAUGAACUUUUGAACAUUUUUUUCUGUUAUAUUAUUGUACAUUUUAACUGAUAUAUAGUUCAAGAAAUGUUCUUAAAGGCGCUUAGUUUUUCCGGACGAGUCGAUAUUUACCCCAACACCGUGCUAAUUUGGUUGUGUUUCUAAUCGAUAUAGCUCAUUGCAGAGUUGGAGAGGUCUUCUGCGCAUGCCCGGAAGUGAUUAUCUAAUGUCGCGUACGGCAAAAAUUCGCAAAUUAUUGCAUGUUCGCAUGCAUUUAAUGAAUAAUAUGUAUAAUAUAUGACUAGAGGUUAGGGUAAGUAUCACCAUGGUUACAAAAAUAUAUACAUUUUAAAAGUACUUUUAGUUCAAAUUGCUUCAAUCCAACAUAUACUGGAGUCUGUAAUUUAUACCGGCGCUUCAACUCUGCAUUGAGUCACAGCUGUUUCUAAUCCCGUACCGUACCCAUACCGUACAUCCGUAUUCGUAAACUAUAGGUUUUGUUCGUAGAAAGGCGGAAACUUUCAUCGUUCUAUGACAUCAAAAUGCUUCAGAAACACUUUAAAAUUCGCUUAUUAAGAAAUCUGCCGUUUGAUAAUUUGAUAUAUCUCUAAGUCAUUUGCUCAAACACUGAAAGAGUAUUUCGUACCAACCUGCGUUGUAUAAGUGCCCGCCACACCCCACCUCGUUGUAAUUUGAUUUAAGGGAAAUCUAAUAUAGUGACCUAUCAAUUUUCUUUUUGUUUUAGAUUAGGUAGACAUAACCGAAGGUAUGUGCAGAGUUUGAUUAAAUUCUAUUAUGUGAAACUCGAUAAAAUAGCAGAAGUACCAACUUAAAAUUGACAAACAUUUGCAAAAAUAGCCAUUGGGUCUGCUGAACAAGUAUUCCUUUCUUCACAAAAUCAUUUUCUUUUGAUUUCUCUGAGCAUGUUUCAAAUAGAUAUAUUGUUUUCCGUUAUAAAAAUGCUUAGAUAUCAAAUUUAUGCUGAUUAUUGUACUUUACUGAAAUAUAUUUUAGGGUUAUAGAAAGUUUGAAAAAUGUUAAAAAUAAUACCAUAUCUAGGGGCAAA